UUGGGCCUGUGGAAUCCAUCUCUCAGCACCUGCAACUUUCCAUCACUCAGAGGGGACCAAACUUGGCCUCCAUUAUCCCACCAGGAUGUCCUCCAAGGUCUCCUGCUGGCUGCUGCUGCGUUUGGCCAUCCUCCUCGCAGCCUUUCUGGUACAGUCCGGCGAAGGGGCCACCUACCGGGAUUUCGCUAGGCAGCACAUCGAUCAUCCGAAAACCAAUGCCCCCAAUCCCAACGCCUACUGCAACCGCAUGAUGCAGCGGAGGGGCAUGACAAGAGGAAGAUGCAAAGCCUUCAACACAUUCAUCAACGCCCCGCCACGCAACAUUCAGCAUAUCUGCCGUGGUGGAGGGAACCGGGUGAAUCCUCGUCAGAACCUUUACGACAGCCGAAGGUCUUUCCCUCUCGUUAACUGCCGCAACAUAGGUCGUUAUCCUAAUUGCCGGUACACUGGCAUGCAAGCGAACCGGCGAGUUCGUGUGGCCUGCGUCCGCCGCCUGCCUGUUCACCUUGAAAGAGUCCUGUAGGGCAAAUUCACAGUCUACACACAGGAAGCCAGGAGUCGAAUGAAAUAUUGAAAUGGCGGCCAUCUUGUUCUGCUUUGCUUAAUGCUUUCUCAGCAAUGGGUCUCUCGGGCAUAUUCACAGUACAAACCAAAAUUCAUUUAGCAGGUGUCCGUUGUCCUCAGGGAAUCCAGAGAGACCUUCUACGGAGAAGAGCUUAAAGAUCUCUUUUGCAGGACGCUCAAUGCUGUCAUCAAACUAGAAACCCAGGAUUCUUUGGGGAAGCUAUAACAGUUGAGGAAAAGGCUUAAAAUCACCUGGGUGGACAGAGGCUGAAAAACCUGGUUCACACAUUCGCAUUCAGCAGUGGAUGAAAAUAAAAACAAGUAAUGAUUUUGCAUGUUAUGAAUGAGAUGUUAUCACAACAGAGAAACCCAACAGGAAACUUAACUUUACUAUAACAUUGUUCAAGGGUGUCAGUCAUUGGAGACCUAGUUCACACAUGCUAAUGCACCUCUCAGUUAGGGUUGCCAACUGCCAGGGAAGCCCGGAGAUCUCCCAGAAUUACAACUGAUCUCCAGGUGACAGAGAUCAGUUCUCCUGGAGUAAACAACUACUUGAUUGUAUGGCAUUAUACUCUGUUAAGAUUCGCCUCUCCACCUCAAAUCCUCUCCUCCCAAGGUUCCAUUGCCACAUUUCCGGGAAUUUUCCGGACUAGAGUUGGUGCCCUUACUUCCAUUGAUCCAAGCGAGGCUUUGAUUUAUAAAUAUAAGUAGCUGCAACUCUCCUGAUGUUGUUUUCUCCUGCCCUCCUGUGUUCAUUGCUUGGUAUUACACCCCUUCCCUUCUGUUGUCCCUACAAGUACUCGUCCCCCAAAUCUUAGUCCCCAUAAUAUGGAGAAACCUCUGUAUCAGGAUGAAGAGCAUGUGCUGGUGGCUUGCUUUUUUCUUCCUCAAUCAA